GGGGCAAAAGUCGACAAGCUUUGCAUUGUUUCCUGCUACUAUACACGAUACAGCUGAGCCCAGAAUUUCUUAUGAAAGAUGCGUAGACAGGUCUGCCAACGUUGGGACUCGCAGCUACCUUUUCAGGGGCAGGUACCAAUACAGUCCAGCGUGGCCCCUGGCGGGGAUUCUUGCUGGACUUACAUCAAUAAUGAUGCAGCGAGAUAGUGAGGCGACCAAAGACAUCGUCGUCAUCGGGGCAGGGGUCGUAGGCUUGUCCACCGCCAUUAGAAUCCAGGAAAAGGGUGGUUAUCGAGUUACGAUCAUUGCCGAGACCUUCCCGAUUGACUCAAAGAAUAUACGAUACACCAGCCACUGGGCCGGUGCACAUCAUGUCAGUGCGGCUUUUGAUGAUAAGCGUCAACGAGAGAUGGAUAAGGAGACCUUUGAGAUCAUGUGGAAAGAUUCGGCACAUGGCAGACCAAUACAAGGAUGUUUCCUUCGACAUUACCACACAGAAUUCAGAUCUGACGGAGUGGACCCUACAGAAUGGCUUGAUUACAUGCCAGAAUUCAGAUCCGUUUCUAAUAACGAACUUGUUCCCGGAGCGACCCACGGUUGGACCUUCACCACCUUCACCUUGUACCCACCUGUAUACCUCAAUUGGCUCCUGAACCGCUUCUUAACCGACGGAGGUACGAUUGUACGUGCACAGUUACAGCACAUUAGCCAGGCGAUGCAAGGCGGUAUCAGUGGCUUGCCUCAGAAACCUGAUGCUAUAGUUGCCUGUGUUGGUCUCGGAGCCCGCUUCCUCGGAGGUAUCGAAGACAAGGAAGUCUACCCCGUUCGCGGACAAACUAUCGCUCUGAGGGCACCAUGGGUGAAGUAUGGCAGAACACUGUCAUGUGCGGACGGAUCAUACUUCUACAUGAUGCCUAGAGUCACUGGUGAUGUCCUGGUGGGAGGAAUCAGAGUGGCAAACGACUGGUUCCCCGUACCCCGAGAGGAAGACAGAAGCUAUGUAUUGGCAGGAGUUCUCGCCAUAUGUCCUGAACUUGCACCGCCGGAAGUCCGCGCGGAACGGAUGCCAACGAUAGACGAUCUUCGACCCCUUAUCGUAGAGGAAGGCUGUGGUCUUCGUCCUGGUAGGAAGGGUGGAAUUCGACUGGAGGCGGAAUGGUUCGAAGCCAGUCCCCAGACCAAAAUUCCGGUUGUAUACAAUUAUGGGCACGCUGGUAUGGGCUUCCAAUCCUCUUGGGGAUCGGCGUCAAUUGCUUUGGACCUCUUGGAGGAGACACUCGCAGGCGGAAAACUCGACACUAAUAAGGGCACAAACUAA